AGGACCUUUUGCCUGCGGGACAAACACCAUAGCCACUGCUAGACUAUCCUGCACCCUGCCUCCUAGCUCCUUAACCCUGGAUGGCAUGAUGGUUAUAUGUUGAUCAUCCAGCAUCGGCCCGCUCCUCUUCAUCUCCUCUCUUAAUAUCAACCCUCGCUCUGCCCGCUCAGUCUCUCUCCAUGGUUGUGGUUCUCGUUGUCCGAACCCCCACCAGGCCCGCAGUACGGCUCGGUGGAGCGCGCCUGGCUGGCGGUGAUGACGGAGGCAGACAAGGUGAGCGAGCUGCACCAGGAGGUGAAGAACGGCCUGGUGAACGAGGACGUGGAGAAGGUGAAGAACUGGCAGAAGGAGGCCUACCACAAGCAGAUGAUCGGCGGCUUCAAGGAAGCCAAGGAGGCCGACGAGGGCUUCAAGAAGGCCCAGAAGCCCUGGGCCAAGAAGCUCAAAGAGAUGGAGGCGGCUAAGAAGACCUACCACUUGGCGUGCAAGGAGGAGAAGAUGGCCGCCACCAGGGAGGCCAAUGGCAAGACGGAGGCCUCGGUCACACAGGACCAGCAGAAGAAGCUCCACGAGAAGACGGACAAGUGCAAACACGACACGCAGAAGGCCAAGGAGAAGUACGAGAAGUCUCUGGACGAGCUGUCCAAGUGCACCCCGCAGUACAUGGAGAGCAUGGAGACGGUGUUCGACCAGUGCCAGCAGCACGAGGUCAAGAGGCUGACCUUCCUGAAGGAGGCCCUGCUGGACAUCAAGCGCCACCUCAACCUCACUGAGAACCAAAGCUAUGCCACAGUAUACAGGGAACUGGAGCGCACCAUCCUGGGGGCCAACACCCAGGAGGACCUCAAGUGGUUCAGCAACAACCACGGCCCUGAGAUGCAUAUGAAUUGGCCAGCGUUUGAGGAGUACAACCCCGAUGCGGCGAGCGCUCCUAUCAAGAAGAAGAAGCCGGACGGAGCCCCGCCCACUCCCAGCACUGACCACGUGGCCCCGCCCGGCGACCGCAGCAGCGUGAGCAGCUACGAGAAGAACCAGGCCUAUUCCACCGAGUGGUCGGACGACGAGCAACCCGCCGGGAACUCUGGCAACGAAAAUGGUGGCAACGGAAACUCCUUCGAAGACGACUCUAGCGUGGGGAAACCACAGGCCACAGGGGUCCGUGUCCGCGCCCUGUAUGACUACGAAGGACAGGAGCAGGAUGAGCUCACCUUCAAAGCAGGGGAUGAGCUGACAAAGACCGAAGACGAAGAUGACCAAGGCUGGUGUAGAGGUCGCCUGGAUACCGGCAAGGAAGGACUCUACCCAGCCAAUUACGUCGAGCCUAUCUAGACACGUGACUGGACGGGGACCAGCCAUUGGAGGCAGCUUGAACUGUCGCGUCCAAUUGCACCGCACAUAGCCAGAGACUUAAGAGCAACACAUCCCUUGUCCGACUGAUGAGCCAAGCAGUCUUGCCGAAAUAAAAACUUAGUAACCUAAAAAGACGAUAUAUCGGUAUAAUAUAUUUUAUCAAGCAUUUGGGGUGGGUGAACAUAAACAUUUAGGAGAUAAGAGCGUCGGCGGUUAUAGCAGUAUAUUAUACACACUCCAAGCAUAACAGAAAGCCAUUGCAGGGAUACAUUUUGCUUUACGUAGCUGUAUUCAAUAUAAUGGAGCAAAAUCUGAACAUGCUUGCAUUGUGGUUUUCUUGUCAAAUUGGGAGGACAAUAUAUUAGAUCAUACCUAUUCUACAAAGACAAGCUUGUCGAACUGCAUUGUGUAUAUAUAUAUAUAUAUAUAUACAGUAUGAUGCCAUUUCUCUGUUGCAUUUCAAUGCCGUGUGUGUGUCAUCAUUCUUACAUUGGGAAUGCUAUGUGUUGUUAAAAAGUAACACAAAUUGUAUCCUUUUGGUGAUUUGGUCCGAUCCCCUCUUUUCCAGUGUGUGAAGUGCUCUGUGUUUUACUUGUUUCAAAGCUAGUUUGCAUAGCAGCAUGCGCUAUGCAACACGCAUUCCCCGUAACCCAAGGCCACGUUUAGGCUACAACUUGAUGCAACAACUGUUUUUGAAAAUGCAAAGAAAUGCAAAGAAACGUCAGUUUCUCCUUUGCGGCAUGUGCUUCUGGACAUAUCUGACCAGGCCUCACAACACUUCUAAGGGAGGCCAGUCACGUUUCCUCAUUUAUUCAUAGUUAAUCAAAUGUCUUCAAAUGUCAUCACAUUUGUUAAUUACAUUUAAUUUCUUCUGACCGUAUCGUCAUCAUCCUGAUCAUCCCUCCACCUCCAUAUCGAGAACGAUUCUGUCGUCCUGACAGAAGGUUUCAUUCAGGGUUCAGCCCGUGAAGAUCUCAGUUCCUCCUCCUCCUCUUCCUCCUCCUCCUCCUCCUCUGUCUCGCUUGGAUUGGUUCCAUUGCUGCUAUCCUUGAACAACACCACGCCUCCUCAUUGUUCAGUCUAUGAUGAUGAUGAUGAUGAAGAUGAUGAUGAUGAUGAUGACGAUGAUUAUUGUUCUUUUCUUUGGUUGUUUUUCUGUUAAUUUCUUUCAUUAUCAAGUCGGAUCAAGUCAUUGACACAACAGAGCGGAGGUGAUUCCACAGCAUAGGGGACGAGGGUCCGUGUCGACGACGCUUAUGGCAGGAACUCGCCUCUUGCAGAGGGAGCUGCGUAGUCGAUGCCCCAGUACCCCUGGUCACCCCCAAGACGGGCCUCCAGUCAACAUGAAUGUACUAGUGUGUGGGCUGAGUAGAGGACAGGUCGUCUCCAUGUUGUCCUCUGUUUGUCAUUUAAAAAAAAGAUAUAUAGUGAUAUGCUGGCCUGUGUCCCCGCUGAGCCAAAGAACGACAGGAGCCCAUCAGCUCCCUCUUACUCACCACACCGCAAUAACCCCCACAUCACACAGUGUAGACGAGCACUAGGCCAGUCCAUCCCCGUCUCCCAUGUAUCCUAUACAUGUGCAACACGUUAUGGCCUAAAUAUUUACAACAUGCAGAACUUGAUGUUAUUCCAUCGAUAACCUGAUAACAAAUAGGCAUUCGAUUAAAUUGAGUUCUUCAGCAGAUACGGCAACACCAGUGGCAAGGAAACCUCCCGGAAAUCCUCCAAGAGAGAGAGAGAGAGUGCGUGUGAGAGAGAGAGAGAUCCUCUGUAUUUAGUUGCCCCUUUAGUGGUCGUACUUCACUGGAAUCAACAGUGCUGAGGUGUGUCAGCCGUGUGUGCGGUGGGGGGAUCUUAGCAAAGUGGGAGCAACACCUCGACUGUUCACAAGCUGUGUCUUAGAGUAGCUGUCCAGCCUAGCAAAAACAACUCCUGUCACUAACCUCUCCUCUAUCUUCUUAAAACACACACGCCCACACACACACACACACACACACACACACACGCACCCACGCAUACACAUGCACAUACAUCGAACACACACACACACACACACAAAUAUAUACGCAAAAGUUAUUAUCAACACUAACCGGUUGAUCAUUUUUUUGGUAAAAAAAAUGUCAUCUUCAUCAUCCAGUGUGUAUGAGUUGUGUACAUGUUCUAGAAAUAUAAAAAGAAGAAAAAAAUGCGAUUGAGUAUACAGGCAAAAUGUAGUGUUAUACAUGUAAAAGUGUUUCAUUAAAAAUAACAAUGGAAAAACAUGAAAUAAUAAGUACCAUAUUGUAUGAAUUUCAUCACGAUGGAAUUGUCAAUGUACCAUAUAAGGGCGUGACGUCACCCUCACGCCGUCAGAUUUGUAUAUGAUGAUGUAAUUUAAAGAUUAUAUUCUAUUGUAACUGUACAACUGUGUUGAGUUGAAAAUGAAACCUAACUAUGUUGAGGCAGUAAAAAAGGUGUAUAUGUAAAUGCUUUUUUAUGUUGAUUAUCUUCCUUAUGCACACAAAGGGGGAGUGACAACAGUCCAUGUUGUAAAGACCCUAUAUUAGCAGAGUAGAAGAAGAUGUAUGUUCAUAGUUAGUGAUGUACUUUUAUCUCCUAACUGGUGUAGUGCCUGUUCAUCUUAAUGUAACACAAACUCCAUUUAUCAAAUAUGCAUAAAGAUGAUAAUGAUCAGUGAUAAUAUUAUUAGUGAAAACCUGAAUCAAAUUUGUUGUUAUGGUUGUGGAUAUUGCGAUAUUGGUUUAAGAGGAGAAAACAGGUUUGUUGAAAAAUGCAA